UGAUAGAAAUUUUGAACCAUGCAGGGGGCAAUGGCUAUAAAAUACCUCAUGUGAACAAGGAAAGGCUCGAGUCUCUUGGGUUGCUACCGCUAAGACUUACAUGCCCUCAAGAGGUUUACGCAAAUGCCUUACACAACCUACAACUAAUGGAUGCUUGUUGUUACUGAGAUGAGGUUUGUCGUCGAGAUGUUAGAGAUGCUAGAGAUGCUUGAGAUUCUAGAGAUGCUAGAGAUGCUUGUUGCUGAGAUGAGGCUUGUUGUUGCGAUGAGGUUUGUCGUCGAGAUGCUAGAGAUGCUAGAGAUGCUUGAGAUGCUAGAGAUGCUUGUUGCUGAGAUGAGGCUUGUUGUUGCAAUGAGGUUUGUCGUCGAGAUGCUAGAGAUGCUAGAGAUGCUUGAGAUGAGGCUUGUUGUCGAGAUGCUAGAGAUGCUUGUUGCUGAGAUGAGGCUUGUUGUUGCGAUGAGGUUUGUCGUCGAGAUGCUAGAGAUGCUCGAGAUGCUUGAGAUGCUAGAGAUGCUUGUUGCUGAGAUGAGGCUUGUUGUUGCGAUGAGGUUUGUCGUCGAGAUGCUAGAGAUGCUUGUUGUUGAGAUGAGGCUUGUGUGGAGUAUGUGUAACUCCUUGUUUGUAUGGAGUAUGUUUGUGUGGAGUAUGUGUAAACCCUAGAGAUGAGUCUUGUUGAUAUGUUGAUAUGCUUGUGGGGAGUAAAUGAUAUGCAUAUCAUCCUGAAAAUGUUUCUAGGAUUUGAAUUUAAGUUGCUGCAAAGUUUUUUGAAUUUUCUGAUUUUUUGAAAAGUUUUCAUUUAGAUUAACACAAAAGUUUUCAUUUAGAUUAACAUAAAAGUUUUCAUUGAUGGAAGAUGCUUGACAAGAGAAGAGAAAAGAAGAAAGAAGAGAAAAUAAUGUCCAGUUAAGGAGAAGUUUCACUUAAAU